UAUGCAACUAUUUUGGUCAAUUCCACUGCACAAUUCAGGUUUAUCGAUCUAGCACGAGGCCAGAAGCUUCAAAUUUGGGGAGGAGAACCUAUUGAAUCUGGAUUCACUUCUCUCGUAUCUGCUCUUUGUUCAGGAGGGUCUCAAACAAAACAUGGAGACGGAGCUUCAGUAUCACCUUCUUGGAUUGCAGCUGGUUUUAGUUCUGGCCAGUGUAGGCUAUUUGACUUGAGGGAAAAUGGUGUUAUUUCCUCCUGGAGAGCUCACGACGGAUACGUGACAAAGUUAGCGGCACCUGAGCGGCAUUUACUUGUUUCCAGCUCUCUUGACAAAACUUUACGGAUCUGGGACUUAAGGAAGAGCUGGACACCACAGCCUUUUGUUGUCAAAGGACACAACGACGGUGUUUCCGGUUUCUCCAUCUGGGGCAAGGACGUUAUCUCUAUCUCAAGAAAUAACAUCGGGAUUUGCUCACUGUCAAAUUUUCAAGACGAGUCUGUUAUGCACAGAAUCGUCAUGAAACAAGGUCAAGUAUGAGAAUGACCGAUUUUGUUCAACUGACAGGAGGAGCAACGGCAGCAGCAGCGGAUUAUACCACAGAAACUGUAUAUGGCAGAGAAGGGAGGAAGAGUCAAGUCGGAUUUAUCAACCAUUUGUGUUUUACCAUUCUCGAGAUUGUUCAUCGUUGGAGCACAUGAUGGUUACUUGAGAAUCUGUUGUUGAAAAUUAUGUACAAACUAUAUACUCCAUAUAAUUGUUUUCUUACAAAUUUUACUGCCGCGUGUGUAAUUUUUGUCUUUUAAUUUUGUGUUUUGGAAUAUGGAUAGUGCCAAGCACGAUCACUGAUACGAUUGUAAUGGAGACAAAGAGGAAUGAUUUGUUAAUGGGCUAAUGAGUAAUGAGCAAUGAUUGAUGUAUUUUUAUU